AUGCCGAAGGAGCAAUACAUGUGCCAAUUAUGCGCCAAUCAUGGAAUUUUCAAUCAACCCAAAAAAGGUCAUAAACAAAAGUGUCCUUAUAGAACAUGUCCAUGCUCGUUGUGUGCCUUGAAUACGAAACGUCGGGCUCUAGAUCAAAUCGAGCGACAACUCAAGCAUUCGGCGGAGUCGGUGGUACCGAGCUCGUCAAACUCAUCCAACACGGACGCAAUCUUUUUUCCAGAAUGUCAACUUUCGCCAACUACUAUAAAAUUGCAAUCAACUGUAAUUCCAUCUGGAAGAGACACUUAUAGACAAAGUGUUUCCAAUGGUCCUGUUGCCUUUACUGUCCAAUUACCAGCCACAAUAACUCGCAAGGAACUCAAGCUUCUUCGUCGUGAUGAGAACCCUCAACCAAGUCUGAAGCGAAGCUACAAAUCGCUGGACGACGCAAUCGAGACUAUUAAAAAACAGAAGAGCAUAUUUCAUUCUGCCGAGAUGCUAGCUGGCUCAGAAUCGUCGUCGAAAAUGUCAUUAAUUAACACUGCUUGA